CCUGUACAGUUCCCAAUUUCAGUUUGGCCAGAUCUUUGUCAGGUCUCUAAAUAAUCCAAACAACACAAAUCCUAUGUAAAGUACAAAAAUAGCAAGGGAAAUGGGCUUGACACGAAAAUUAUCCUGCCUGCUGCUGAUCUCUGUGAUCCUUCCGCUGCUGAUCCCUGGCGUGCUGACUCAAAUCGUGGACAACGGGGAGCAGGGAGAUGCUGGCGAGAAGCUGCUGAUGGACUCCACUCGACCGAUUCGUCCGAUACGAGCCUUGAAGCUCCAAAAAAUUAGGGGACGCAACGCUGUCGUGAGUGAAGAAGGCGAUUACGAGGACGACGAUGCGGACGGACACAAGAAUAGAAACGGCUGCGAUGCCAGCGAUGAUCCGAAGCGCCAGAGCAUCUACACCGUCAACAUCAACACAGUCAACAUGGACGAUGAGGAGGCCAAGCAAAUGAUGUCGGAGCGCGAGUUCAAUCAGGCGAUCAAGCAGCUGAUGAAGUUCGGUGAGAACACCGUGGCUGACAAACACUUGAAACGCAUUGAGAAUGGAGCUGGCAUGGAUUUCCGGCGUGAAUUCGCCAGCGACGAAGCAAAUCCCUACAUCUGAUGAUAAUUGCAAAAUAUUUUGUUUGAGCUGAGUUCGUUCCUCAAUUUCUCGUACAAUUCAAGCGUGAGCUGA